AUGAGGAUCCGAAUCCAUUGGCAGCGUCCAAACAAGGAAGCAGACGAAUCGAGAGCUCCAGUUCCAACAACAGGUCAAGAUAAAAACGGAACGAAAUCUUCCUUGGAACGGCAAAAGCAGCAGCAUCUGCAGCCAGAGGAAGUGAGGGCGGCUUUACAUGCAAAGAUUAAAAGACAAAAAGUCAAGCGAAAAUCCAAGCAAAUCCCCCAAAAGAAGUCCAAAAAGAGAAAGAUCCAAAAUGGAUCACGCAGCACUUCGACGGAAGACGUGAUAAACGGUGACAGCAUCAGCGGCAACAACUUUCCAGAGGGCGCCAAGGCACCCUCAAGCACUCUUUCAGAGGGAGAAGAAUCUCCAGAGGGAGCCCAGGCACCCUCAAGCACUCUUUCAGAGGGAGAAGAAUCCCCCACGCCAGUUCAAAGAAGCGCCAUAACUGCCGCCACCAUUCUGGACAAAAGAAGGAAAGAAAUGAAGUUGGCGCUCCACACCUAUUACACUUCCACAGCAAGACGGAUCCAUGCCAACGAAAUUGCGGACGAGUCCAUCGCCAGCAACCCCAUGGCCUUCUCUGCAACCCUCGCAGACGAAGACACAAUGUAUCUGCAUCAAGCUAGAAAGCAGAAAGAUUGGAAACAAUUCAGCGAAGCCAUGGGAAAAGAAAUUCAAGAUCAUACCGAGGGAAAACAUUGGGAAGUGAUCGAGAGAACAAAAGUGCCAGAAGGACACAAGAUAAUGCGUGGUGUUUGGUCUAUGAAACGAAAACGACGUGUUGCUACCGGACAGAUCUACAAGUGGAAAGCACGACUUUGCGUUGACGGAAGUUCGCAAGAGAAAGGAGUCAACUUUUGGGACACAUAUUCUCCUGUCGUAACGUGGGAAAGUGUGCGAAGCCUGCUAACUCUGGCCAUUAUGAACAAAUGGACAACGAGACAAAUUGAUUUUGUGUUAGCCUUUCCCCAAGCAAAAGUCGAAUGCCCGAUGUACAUGGAAAUUCCCCAAGGCUGCAACGUAGAUGGAAGCAGAGACACCCACGUGUUAGAACUAAAGCAAAAUUUAUAUGGGUCCCGCCAAGGAUCCAAAAUCUGGUUCGAUUUCAUUUGCAAGGGAUUACGAAAACGAGGUUUCAAACAGUCGAAAACAGAUAAAGCGGUUUUCUACAAAGGAGAAACCAUUUUUAUCCUAUAUGUCGACGACGGAAUCUUGAUCGGUCCCAACGCAGGCGAAAUUGAUGACAUCAUCAACUCUCUCCAAAAGGACUACAAGCUAACGGACGAAGGCGACCUCAAUGAAUAUCUUGGAAUCAAGAUGGAACGCUGCAAGGAUGGAACCAGAUGGCUAACACAACCUACUCUGAUCAAACGGAUCCUCAAAACGGUCGGAGUCAACGAACAGAGACCACCUGGAAAACGACUCAUGCGCACCCCAGCGACCAAAGUGUUACACAAGGACAUCAGUGGACCGCCAAGACGACACAAUUGGGACUAUCGCUCAUUUGUCGGAAUGUUGAACUGGCUAACUCGUUCCACUCGACCAGACCUUAUCUUUGCAGUUUCACAAGUCGGACGAUUCAUGGCAUUUCCAAAGAAAUCUCACGAAAACGCCAUCCUUCGUAUCUGCCAAUAUUUGCGCGAUACCCAAGACAAAGGAAUGUUAAUGCGCCCUCAACGAACGGGUUUCCAAGUCUAUGCCGACGCUGACUUUGCUGGCGGAUUCGUCAAGGAACACACCGCUGAUCCAAACACUGCAAAAUCACGGUCCUGCUACUUCAUCAUGUUCAACAAUUGCAUGAUCUUUGCACACAGUAAACUCCAAACUGAAGUUGCACUGUCCACUACUGAAGCCGAAUAUAUCUGCCUUUCACAAUCACUACGGACCGUCCUGGUACAAAUGAGAUUCUUCAAAGAGAUUGCAAAACGCAUAAAAUCCUUUUGCUACACCAAACCGGUCAUUAAGUGCACGGCCUUUGAAGAUAACAAAGGAGCCAUCAAACUGGCAAAAGCGCCAAAACUACGGCCCCAAACGAAGCACAUCAACAUCAAAUAUCAUCAUUUUUGCGAAGCAGUUGCACACGGUCUAGUGAACCUCGAGCACCAAACCACUCGAUGGACCCACAUUCGAAUAUUUGUGACAACUCCUUAUAGGCUGGUAAUGCCCGCACUCAAGAGGGAGUGUGGAAAGUAA